CCCGCGUCACGGUCGUGUGAUGACAAUCCAGUGUGCCCAAAUAAGAUUUCUGCACUAGUGCGAUUCUAACCUGUGAACUUCUUGAUUGGAUAGUAACUCUAUUGACAAAGUGGACUGGUCAUGAUUUGAAGAUUGUCAUUUAAAUGUAAGGACAAUUUAAAUUGGACUCAAAAUUCGUGAUAUUGAAAAACAUUACACUGAUUAAAGAGGACUAGACUCAAGGUGUUAAAGGGCAUGUUUUAAAGUCCUAACGGGACUGGUGUACAGACAGUAAACAAUGUCAGAGCUUCGCGGGUCGCCCCCUCUAACGCGUAACCUAGAAAACGGUUUCGGAGCGCCGCUGGCCGCACUGAGCUCUCUAGCGGAGGCACCGCCGCCGGCCCCGAACCCUCACGGCAUCGACCACAUCCUGUCGCGACCUGUAGGGGGUUCUGUCGGCAUGGGAGGGAUGCUGACGCCCCGGCUGUCCCUGGCGGCGGCGGCGGCGGGCAUGGCGCACUACCUCCAGCAUAAGCCGCUGUACUGGCCUGGCUUCCAGGGACUGGUGUCUAACCCGAUGGCAUGGAGAGACCGGCUGCAAUCUAAUUCACAUCUGGGGCAGAUGCAAUAUUUGAGCAAUGGCGCGCUGAGCGCGUGCGCACAAGGCGGGAUGGACAAGGACGGCAAGAAGAAACAUACGCGGCCCACAUUCAGCGGGCAACAGAUCUUCGCUCUUGAGAAGACUUUCGAGCAGACCAAGUACUUGGCAGGGCCCGAGCGGGCCAAGCUUGCGUAUGCGCUGGGCAUGACGGAAUCGCAAGUCAAGGUAUGGUUUCAAAACAGAAGAACAAAAUGGCGGAAAAAGCACGCGGCCGAAAUGGCGACCGCCAAACGCAAGCAAGAAGAGCUCGGCGACGAGUGCGACGACCAGGAGCCGCAGGACAACGACUGCAGCGACGACGACGACGCCAAGCGGCCGCGGCUCGAACUACACCACCCCAUGCACCUGCCGCACCACCGGCAGUGAUCGCUCCCGACAGGCGUCAAAGACUAUGAACCCAACGCCUGUGCAAACCUUAGUGCUCCCAGUGAUAUUUACAGACCACCCAGUGACGUUGGAUGGUAUUCGUUCCCCGAAGAGGGUCCUUGUGAUCUCUCCAACUGGCACAGAGACAAGUUCGAACAAAGUAUGGCCGAGAACGAGAGAGAGAUCGCCACUAGCGAGGUGGAUAGUGAACAAGGUGCAAGUGAAACUAACGAUGAUGCUCAGCCCAUCAAUUUUGCCUAUUAUCAUUUUUAAUGAGAUUAAGGAUUAUCUGUUGCUGGCACAUCAAUAAUAUUAUGUCACAUAAUUCUGACAUAUUCGUACAUUAUAUAAUGUAUAUGCCCUUUCUGCAAGAUUUUUGAAUUGGGAUACAAUUGGUCUAAGACCUCAAAAUAAAAAGUUGUAUGCUAUAUUUAUUUUAAAUUUUAAAGUUUUAUACCUGCUAGAUGUACAGCAACUUUAGUUCUUUAAAUUGAAGCUUGAUCUUUAAUAUUGUAAAUACCUACAUUUAAGUAGUCAUGUGAUAAAAUAAGUAUUUAUUAUAGUUAGAUUUUACAUGGUACUAAAUGUAUUUUGUGAGUAAUUACUAAUAAUUGUACAUUUUUAUGCUCCCGGUGCCAAUUUUCCUAUAAGUAGAAACAUUUAGUAUUAAUAAGUAUAACAUCUGUGGUUGUUUACGUCGAAAUUACGAACGCACAGUGAAUUUUGUGUCGAUUAAAAACUCAUCAUUCAAAUUAUACCUACAUCUGAAAAGUACUAUGAUGUAUUUUACAUAACACAGUAAAGUGUGAUUCAUUAAAACAUUUGUCAUACCUACCCAUGUAGUUGCAGUUAAGUUUAUGUACUUUAAUAUGGAUUUUUCAAUUGAAUGAAAUGAACAGAAAUUCAUUAAUUUAUUAUAGUUAAUAUGUAUUUUACUGUGCCAUCAAAUUAUAGCAGCAAAGCAGAACAUAAGACAACUUACUAAUUUAACAUACACGAGUUUAUUGCUAAAAAUAACACUAUAACCAUUAUUUUAAUGUUUUUUUGCCAUAAUAACCAAUCCGUUUAUUACCAUGCGGUCAGAAUACGGUACUCGAUAGCUAACAAUGUUAGUAUCUAAUUUUUGGUUUUAAUAAAUAACUGUUCACUUGUUCCAUAUAAUUAAUUAAUCAUUUUCCGUGAACGCUAACGAGUAACGACCAAAAACUCACGGUAGACUCUCAGUUCCCUCACAGCUGACGGAUGUGUUUGCCAUCACUUUAUUCUAGUUCACAAAACAAAUUGUAAAUAUAGAUUUAUUCCAAACAAUUGUUCAAAUAAAAACAUAAUAUUGAAAAUUGGCGACGAUAUUGUCGCCCUGCAAUAUGUAAAUUGUACAUUUAAGUUAAGAAAUGUAAAUAGAUAUUUAAACGAAUUUAACAAGUAUUGUAAUUAUAAAAACAAGGAUUGAUAACCACGCAAGUUUUACAUAACAAAAGAUGCAAUCAGUCAAUGCAGAAUUAAACUGCAGUGUUAUUUCUAUCGGGACAUACCUACUUUAUGUUUCUAGGUACUGAUUGUACCUAUUAAAUAAGAAUCCCACCAAAUACCAGUUAGGUGCUGCAUUCAGAUUUAAAAGCUGGCAUGCAUGUGUCGUUUCAAAAAGCGAAAUUACAGUUAAAUCAGAUGUUGCAAUUUCAUGUUAUUAUUUGUACGAGUACCCUAUAGAAAGAAAUAUAUAACUAUUUAGACACGAAUUAUUAAGCGUUUUAGUUGAAUUUUAUGGAAUUCUGAAAAGUAGAUAGAUCAUAGUAAGAAUAACAUGUACAGAAAUAAUUUUAUUGGUCAAUGUAACAAUCAGAUCAUAAAAGCUGGACUAAAUAUAAUAUCUCGGUUUCUUUUAAGAGAAAAAUGCCAGCUAAGUAAACUAGCAUGUUAAAAACACAUUCACUGCCAGCGCUAACUUCGCUUUACGAAUAGAAAAUCCGCACAGCAGGUGGCUGACAGUGACUUUUUUCAGCUCUCAUACAUAUACUGCAAGAAUAUGGUAUGUAUAUCAGUUAAGAGACUAAAUACACGCUUGAAAAAAGUUUUGUUAUGAGAAGAGUGAAGAUGACUUGGUUCCUUGAAGCAAGUCAUUUGUGAAAAAAAUAUGCUUGAACGAAAUGUAAUUGUAUUCACAUUCACUGCCAACGCAGUGGCCCGCUAGGCAGAUGCCCUGUACUUCUCUUUGCAAACAAGAAAACCAUAUAGUAUAUUAUAUUACAAUCGUAGUGCGUAGCUGGCCCUGGAAAUGAAUGUGUUAAGGACACGAAACAACGCUGUUUGAACAAUCCUUAACAAGUAUGAAAUAUGAUUUGUAAAAUAGAUUAUAAUGAGCUUCAACACGUAUGUGCUUUUCAUUAUCAUAGUUAUGCCGUACAUACCGAUCAAAACUAGAUUGUAGACUUGCCGUGGGAUCGACUUAAGUGGUUGAAUAAAACAGUUAGUAAAAUAUUACAUAGCAUUUUCAUUAUUACCACAAUACCCAUUUAAAAUAAAAAUCUGUUGCAAACCCUAAAAAAGGACCUAAUCUUUACAACCUUAGGUACUUACUUAAAAACCGGCCAAGAGCGUGUCGGGCCACGCUCAGUGUAGGGUUCCGUAGUUUGCCGUAUUUUUCUCAAAAACUACUGAACCUAUCAAGU